AUGGACAUUCUCAAAAUUUCAAACCCCACCAACUUUUCCAUCCCCUCUUUCUGCCACCCCAAAACCCUGAACCCCAAAUUCCCACCAAACUAUCACAAACCCACAUCUCCAUUUCGGAGAACUGCGUUCUCACUCUACCUAUCACGCUCCACCGCCGUAAAAUUUCAAACUUGGGCGCAUUCCGGCCGACCCACCAAACGCCGCAACUCCCUGAGGAAGAAGGUCCUCCAUGAUCACAAGGUAAAUCCUAAUCAGAUUCCCAACGACCCUCUUUCUGUUUCCGGUAAUGGCGUUGAAGAUAGUGGUAUAGAGGUCCAGGGGGUCUCUGUUUUUGACAGUGUGGUUGAAGUUGAAAAACCAAAGUCCAAGCUUUUGGGCGAGUCUGUUUUGUGGACUAAAUUGGAGAGUUGGGUUGACCAGUACAAGAGAGAUAUUGAGUAUUGGGGUGUCGGGUCUGGUCCUGUGUUCACUGUUUAUGAAGAUUCCCUUGGAGAUGUCAAGAGGGUGUUUGUUGAUGAAGAAGAGAUUUUAAAGAGAAGCAAGGUUAGGAGGGAUGUGGUUGGGGACUUCCCUGAAGUGAGAAGUAAAAUUUUGAAUGCUAAGAACAUUGCUAGGGAGAUGGAGAAUGGGGGCAAUGUGAUUGCAAGGAAUAGUUCUGUGGCUAAGUUUGUGAUUCAAGGUAAGGAGGAGAGUGGUUUUGUUAAGGCUGUCCAAGGUUUUGUUUCGAAGCCUCGAUUACUUCCUAGGCUUUCCAUGGUUGGGAGGAAAGUGUUAUAUCUGUUGGUUGUUGUGUGGGUGGUGAAGAAGUUAUUUGCUUUUGGAGAAGGAGUUAAGGAGGUGAAGUAUACAGCACUGGAGAAGGAAAUGAUGAGGAGGAAGGUAAAGGCGAGAAAGGAGAAAGAGAAAUUGGUGAAGGGUCCUGUUGAAGUUAUUGCUCAACCGUCGGAGACACCAAUGGUGGACAUAGAAAGGCCUAAGUUAGAUAAGGAGAAACUAAGGAAUAAUAUUUUGAAAGCUAAGGGAACAUCUGAUAAAAUGAUUGUACAUGAUUCCUCUGAUAAAAUAAAAACUAUAUCCAUGCAGAUGGAUUACAAAGUUCAAGAAAUAAGAGAAAUGGCUAGGCAAGCGCGGGAAAUUGAGAGAAGAGAUAGUGUUGUAGUUAACAAAGAUUUGGAAAUGGAUGAUCCAAUGAUUAAGAAAUCAUCCGAUGAUGAUGAAUUCAUAAAAAAGAAGACCGAACAAGAUGACAGCUUAAGUGAUCAUCAAAAUGAAGUUGCAAUAGAAACAACAGAUAGAAAUGUUAUUCUGCAAUCAACUUCUGUUGAUGUCCCAGAGAACAUUGAUAAUUCAGUCCUGCAUGAGGUAGAAGGCAAUGUAUAUGCUUCGGAUGUCAUAGUUCCUGGCCAUAAGGAAAUCAAGAAACAGGAAAUAGAAUAUUCUGAAAAUAAUGUGCACCUGAAGGAUAAAGAAAAUGACAACCCCUUAAAUACUGAUAUUAAUGGCUCAUCUAUGAAAAAUGGAAGUUCUGUGAAGAAGAAACCCAGGAUCAUACGGUCUGUUAAGGAAGCUAGGGAUUAUCUUUUGGCAAAACAUGACAAACAAAAUCCUGGUGCCGGCACAGAAUCUAAACAUAAAUCCAUGAAAGAAAGUAUUGCUGAUUUCAAGUCUUCAAGUGUUAUUGAUUUUAGUUACAAAAGGAGCCAGAACUUGAAGAUGAACACAACUGGGUCUAGAAGUGACACGUUGAAUGGAAUAUUGGAAUAUGAGCCUGUAAUAAAUGCUCAUGAAGAUUCUACUCAGAAGGAUAAGGAACGAAUCCCAAUAAAGAAUAACUACGUUAAAGAUUCUGGGGUUGAACCUGGCAUUGGAAACCCUGAAAAGUCUGUGACCACUUUAGACAGUGAAGUUAAUGGCAUUGGUAGGACAAUGCUAUAUGGGAAACCAGAAAAUUGGGCAGAGAAAAACCUCCUCGAAGUUGAGCAAAUCAUUAGUGAUGGUUUAAAUGGAUUAUCAGAUUCUAAGCCUGCUACAAAUCCUAGUGAAGAAUCUAAUCCGAAGGAUAAGGAAUUUAGCCCAAUGAAGGAUGACUACUUCAAAGGCUCUGGUGUUGAACCUGGUGUAGGAAACCUUCAAAACUAUGACACCACUUUAGACCAUGAAAUUAAUAGCAUUAGUAUGGAGACAAGGCUACCUUUAAUGCCGGAGAAUGAGUCGGACAAAAACCUCCUCAAAAUUGAGCAAAUCAGGAAUGAUGCUUUACAUGGAUUAUCAAAUUCAAAGCCUGCCGCCAAUCCUAUUGAAGAUUUUGAUCAGAAGAACAAGGAAAUAGGCACAACAAAGGAUGACCUCAAAGUUGCUGGCGUUGAACCUGGAAUAACAAACCAUCAUAAUUCAGAUACCACUUUAGAUGAAGUUAAUGGCAGUACAGAGACAAGGGUGUCUGGAAAGACAGAAAACUGGCUUGAGAAAAACUUCCAUGAAGUCGAGCCCAUAGUGAAGCAAAUUAGAGCAGGAUUUAGAAAUAACUACAUGGCUGCAAAAGAGAGAGUCAAUCAACCUUUAGAUAUACCCACCGAGAUGGAAUCACUUGGAAGUGUUGGAGAUGGUGGAGAACUUGAUUGGAUGCAGGAUGAUCAUCUUAGAGAUAUUGUCUUUCAAGUCCGUGAGAAUGAGCUGUCCGGAAGGGAUCCAUUUUAUUUGAUGAGUGAUGAAGAUAAAGACACAUUUUUCCGAGGUCUUGAGAAAAAAGUGGAGAAAGAGAAUAUAAAACUUUCUUACGUACAUGAAUGGCUCCAUGCAAAUAUUGAAAAUCUUGAUUACGGAGCAGAUGGCAUUAGCAUGUAUGACCCACCAGAGAAAAUCAUACCACGCUGGAAAGGGCCUGCUGUAGAGAAAAUUCCUGAGUUUCUAAAUGAAUUUCUUGAUGAAAGAAAGACAAGUUCCAGCAGAAAUAUAAAUCCAGUGAAGAAGGGUGAGAGUGGCUUUGCUAUAACAUCAUCUGAUUCCUCUUCACAAGAAAAGUUUGAUGGCUCUACCGCACCUAUUAAGAAGUUGAAAAAUCCAAGGACUAUCAUUGAAGGAAGUGAUGGUUCUCUUAAAGCUGGCAAAAAAUCAGGGAAGGAAUAUUGGCAGCACACAAAGAAAUGGUCCCAAGGUUUUUUGGACUGUUACAAUGAUGAGACAGACCCAGAAGUAAAGUCUGUAAUGAAGGACAUGGGGAAGGAUUUGGAUCGCUGGAUCACUGAAAAAGAAAUACAGGAAGCGGCUGAUCUAAUGGACAAACUCCCUGAGAGGAAUAAGAGUUUCAUGGAAAAGAAACUCAAUAAGGUUAAGAGAGAGAUGGAGUUGUUUGGCCCGCAAGCAGUGGUGAGCAAAUAUCGAGAAUAUGCAGACGACAAAGAGGAAGAUUACUUAUGGUGGUUAGAUCUUUCACACAUACUGUGCAUUGAAUUAUACACAGUUGAGGAUGGAGAGCAGAAAGUAGGACUUUAUUCAUUGGAGAUGGCUGCAGAUCUUGAAUUGGAACCUAAGCCAUAUCAUGUGAUUGCUUUCCAAGAUCCCAGUGACUGCAAAAAUCUUUGUUACAUAAUUCAGGCUCAUAUGGAAAUGUUCGGAAAUGGUCAUGCCUUCGUUGUUGCACGACCUCCUAAGGAUGCUUUUCGAGAGGCUAAAGCAAAUGGGUUUGGUGUUACCGUCAUCAAGAAAGGUGAACUUCAGCUCAAUAUAGACCAACCACUAGAAGAAGUGGAGGAACAGAUUACAGAGAUUGGCAGCAAAAUGUAUCAUGAUAUGAUGAUGAAAGAGCGGUCUGUGGACAUAAAUACAUUAAUGAAAGGAGUAUUUGGUUUCAAUGACCGCACCAUCAAAAGGUUAAAGCGGAGGUUGAAGAAAUCCAAACAGGGGUGA